GAAUGUAAGAGAUAGUAUUAUCUUUAUUGUCGUGGCUUGUUUUUUUUUAGCUUUUAAAAAAGGGGAAAACUGAGUGAUAUCAUUGUGUAUCAUGCUUUUUCCAAGUACAGUACGCUAUCCACUUCGAGCCGUUUGGGACGUAAAAGGAUAUCCAACCGAGACUUUACUAUGGCCAGCCAAGAAUAAUACAAACAAGACUGUGCUUUUCUUUAUUCCAGGUAAUCCAGGCUUGGUAGAGUACUAUACGACAUUUCUCGACAACAUUUACCAGAACUUGCAAUCACCUCUUCUUGAAAUCAUUGGAGUAUCACAUAAAGGACAUUCAGUCAACUAUCAUGCAGAUACUGCUAGAGAUAAGACCCUGUACUCUUUUGAAGAUCAAAUACAACACAAAAUCGACUGCUUAGACACGCUUAUCAAAGAGAAUGGCCCAGAAACUAAGUUUAUCUUGAUUGCCCAUUCCAUUGGUUCGUACAUAGCAGCUGAAAUGCUAAAGAAGAGACCUAACCACGGUAUUUCAAGAAUCAUUGCUCUUUUCCCUGCACUUCAGAAUAUUGCAGUAACACCAAACGGCGUCGUUAUCUCGAAAGUUAUCAAUUGGACACCUAUUUCAGCCGUUGGUGCGGCUGGUUCACUCAUCUCUUGGCUGGCUCCGCCUGUUCGUGAAUUUUUGGUCAAGGCUAUCACCAGACAAUCUGGUAAUGGUCUUAACGUAACUGCGCACCAACUGUUGCACUCAUCUGUAUUGAUGAACACAAUAACUAUGGCCCGUUACGAAAUGGAAACAGUCAAGGACUUGGAUCAUGACUUUUAUCAACAGCAUCUUGAAAAGUUUGUUAUUUACUAUUCUGAGAAUGACAAGUGGGCACCUAAAGAGCACUACGACUACAUGAUCAAGCAUUUCCCCAAAGGUGAUAUCCACUUGUGUAAAUUGAGCUUACCCCAUGCAUUCUGCUUAGAAUCUGAUCAUGUUGAUUAUAUGGCAAAGCUAGCUGCUUCAUGGAUACGAAAGAAUCUCGUAGAAUAAAAUAUUUUAUGUGGAUUAUUCCUUUCCUUACUUUGAAAUUUACUUAAAGUUUAAGCAUCUGAUAUCAUUGAUAAAAGAAAGCAAAGCGCAAUUGAAUAAAUUAUAUU